AUGGGUCAACAUUGCUUGGAUAUUGUCGACUUUCCCAUCUCAGCCCUGAUCAAAAUGGUUGCCAGUUUGCUCGAGUCCGUCAUACAUACCAACGAUCGCAUCCCAUGCAAUAGCAUCACUGUUUUUCAUUCUCGGGCUGUGCCCAACAUCAAAAUCGAGGCUUACCUCACUCGCAUCCAAAAGUUUACCCCAUAUAACAAUGAUGCAUUGCUCUGCAUUCUCGUUUAUUUCGACAGAAUAUCAAAACUGCAACCCAAGUUUGUAUUGAAUUCACUCAACAUCCAUCGCCUGCUCAUUGCAAGUAUUGUAGUAGCGUCCAAGUUUACAUCUGAUGUGUUUUAUCCCAAUGCACGCUAUGCCAAGGUGGGAGGCCUUCCACUUGUAGAACUUAACAAGCUGGAGAUGGAGUUUUUAUUUAUGUGUGAUUUCGAUCUACAUGUACGUCUUGAAGCUAUCCAAGAAUACGGAGAUCAGCUAUUGCGACACAGCAUUUCAAAUCUUGUUCCGCUUGACAUAACCACGCCAUCACUGAGAAAACGACGAUCACCAUCCUAUCAAGAUGAUCAUCAACGUACGUGCAGGGAGAAAAUGACACCAUGUACAGCUACUACCAAUGCACAGCCAUCAUCGUCAACAACUUCAACCACCCGAUACCAUCGCAAUAAUACCCAGCAGCAGCAACAACAUCAUGUCUUAUUGCCACUUACACCACCGUUGCAUGAAGAACAGCCCGAGGCGAAGCGUCAACGUCGCCAAAUGAGAGAUCAUAAUAAUAAUCCUGCAGCCAACAUUGCUUCCCUUGUCACAGAGAAUCGAUCCUAA